AUGGCGUCGGUGCUGCCCCUCUUCGUCGGAAGAGCCCUCCUAGGUGGUGAUGUGACUCAAACAGCCACGAUCCGCCUGUUUGAUCGAUUCGUUCUGUUUUGUUUGCGUGCAGAGUGUUUGGUGCAGAGGGAUGACGCGCAUGACAUUGUGAUGGUCAACAGAGGCAAUAAGUACUUCGGCACUGACGGUGCGGGCGGCAUGGAUGAAUCAGAUGAAAGGAAUGAGGAAUUGACGCUUGACGUCUGAUCUGUGUGUUGUGUGCAGAUCCCUUUGGAGGCUGUGUGCCGCGGGUAAAGGCCUCAUCGACAUCACUGCAAAGAAGCGACAGGCAAACGGAGCAAAAUGGAAGUGGACUGCCGGUGGGUUCAUCGACAAUUAACACAUCCACCGACCCGUAGACAUGUUGCUGCUGCUGUUGCUGGCUGGUGUUAUUCAGU